AUGUGUCCAAAGAGCUGGAUGCAUAACCAGAAACAAUGGCCGAGCGCGGAUGGCGGAAAAGGGCACUGGCCCUGGCCGGCCUUUUAUCGGUUCCUGGCAAUCUUUUGUUUUCAACGCGCUUGUCUCGGAACUAAAGAGUUCGAAGAGUCAAGUCAACACCCUCCAAAAGGCAUCGGCUCCGACGUCUCGUGGCAGCCAACGGAAACAGGCAAGAAUGACGCUCUCCAAUGGCAAACACAGCACAAUCCGCGUAACAAGAACAUAAUCGGCGUCCAAAAGACGGCGAACAAAGAAGAAAAUGCAUCAGAACAUGGACGAGAAGAACAAACGAAUGGGAAAACGGUUUGCAAAAUGGGCGUACAGCCCCGGCUGCAGGAACGUAACAAGUUCCAUGCAUCAGCGCAAGCGCCACAGCGGAGCAGCAGUGAUCGUCAUCUUGCUCCAACACACUCCUUUGAAGCAUAUCCCUCACCAACAGACCAAACAGCCCAAUACGAGAAUGGUAACAUUGCUGCAAAGUGGACGAUUAACGAUGGCUGCCAUAUGCUUUCGCCCUCGAGCGUUCGUUUCUCUCCAGAACCGGUGUGCGUUGAAGGGGUCCCUGGUGAACACGACGUGCUUGUAAGCCUGCUCCGCAGUGAGAAAUCGUUUCAAUGCAAGCACGACGUACGACUUGCGGAGUAUUACGUUGAUGGCCGCCUCGUCCUGACUGCUUACAUGCACACUCUCAAACAGAACGGAGAUGACCAAGGGGAUCGACCGUGUGAGAAAAUCCGGACCAACAAAACCGGGUCUCGACGACAAGAAUAG